GUUCGAUUUCGUUUGCGGACGUCGACUGACAGGCGGCUCUUGGUGUUUAGCCGGGAAAAUCGGGGAAAAUCGAAAUAAACUCAGGGGAAAAUUGGCAACGCGUGUUUACAUUUUAUUUUCCUAACGGUCUGAAACCAAACAAAAUAUAUUGAAGUCAUUUAUAUUGGACAUACGUAUUAUGCACAAUAGAUAUACAUUUUAUAUUUAAAUCUCGUGCGGAUCGUUUCAAUUGCGCUGAGCAGAGUUAAAAAUAAGCGCGCCACUUGAAUUAUUUUCCAUAAAACCAUCAAAUAAAACAAAAUCCAAACGCAAACGGAAAAGGUGAAAAAACCAAACCCAAUUCUCGUUUUUCAUUAACAAUGCGGCGUUAUUUACUUUUGUUUGGCGCGCUCAUCUCGCUGCUGGCCUCAGCUUACGCCAUCCAGUGUUACGCCUGCGAAUCCGUCUACGAGGACAGUUGCGGCGAGGACUUCGCAGUCGAGAACCAUUUCAAAUACGACUGCGCCUUUAUCGCUCCGCCGAGAUUUCUGGAGAACGAUCUGCUCAACGUGAAUGCCACGGCCUGCCUGAAACGGGUCUUCCAGGAAAAUGGCGUGCGUAAGAUCGUUAGGGGCUGCUACUUCGGCGAGGUGAAUGCCACCGACGUGUGGUGCAAAAUGGAUCCCACACUGACGGCGGUGCAGAACGCCAGUUGUCAUGUGUGCGACGACGAGGACUACUGCAAUGGGGCGGAGAGCGCAGUGGACAAGUGGAGAAUUCUCGCCAGUCUGCUAAUGUUUCUCUUGGCACAUCAGCUACUCUGAAAUGACAGGAAGACACUAAAAUAAUGUGGGGCACGAAACGCACAAUAAAAGGCACAAUAACUUAAGUAAACCUAGUUCAAUUUAGCUAUACUCCAACAAGGUCCAAAACUAUCACUUAACAAAGUCCACACAGCACCCCCAAUUAAGCCAAAACUCACAAUCUACCCCACUGUAUUAAUGGCCAAUCAUCGGCAAACAUGGCGUAUGAGCAACAUUAGCCGACAUGAGCCGAAAAGCUGGCAAACAAAUUUCGAACGAUCCGAAUGCAAACUAAUAAAAACUAAUUUUACACAGAA